AUGAACCUCGACACCCUCAUUGAUGCGCAUUGCAUGCUGCGUUCCUUCAGGAAGAUCGAAGACACCGGGAAGGAUUCACUCCCUCAGCAGCGGCUCGCCAACGCCGUCCUCGAGUUCGCCGUCGUUUGCGCCAACGAAGCCAUGUUCAUCGCGCGCGAGCCAAAGCUCACCCAAGAGAACAGCGCGUAUGCAAAAGAAUACUUGCAGUACCACUUCUCCGAUCUCCUGCGGUCAUUCAACGAGGACGGGAGGGCGUCAGAUAGGGCUGGUACAGGCGAGCCGGGUGCGCAGGACUGUGGAUAUCGCGAUGGAGGCAAGUCCCAACCCCCGAUCCAGCACCUCUCGCGCCCGCCGAAGUUUUCCGUCCUGCGCACUCCGGUACCCCUUCACCCUCGCUCUGGGAGUUCUGUGCAUUCCACCGAUCCCUCACCUCCGUCCACCCCUCUCGUCACGCCGACCGACCCGCAGGCACCUCCGCACGCCAAGCUGGAUGACAUCUCCGUCCUUUCCUACAUCGGGUGGUCACCAAACGAGGCGCGCUUUGCUCAUCAAGCGAGACUCCCUGUUUGGCGACUGGUUCCGGAUAUCCCCACCGCCCUGGAUUCAACGCCCUCGCCGGACUCGGUCCACUACCCCGAAGACCACGGCCUGCGCGAAGUCUUCUCCACGAGCCAAGACGUUUCGCCUGCUGAAGUGCCGGCGUGCUACUACCCUGACGACGAUGACGGCAGUCAAAUUACCACUGACUUGUAA